GUAUAGCACAAACAAAAGGGUUUGUGUCUUUGGCGUCUUUUGGAUCCAUCAUCUAACAAGGAGAAAUGGAUUUAAGGCACAAAAGUUUUGCUAUCUUUUUCGCUCUCCUGGUUCUUUUAACCCUUAGCAAAUUCAGUGCAGGUCAAAGUCUUUGCUCUGUAGUUGAAAACGUCAUACUUUUCAAGGAAAACAACACUCUUAAUGCUGUAGUCACUACACUGACAACAGAGGCGGAUGUAGAAGUCAGAAUCACCAAUGAGAAACCACCAGGUCUCUUUCGCCUCGAGGGCCUCGAUCUCACCGCCAUUACUGUACUCGACUAUGAGACAUUUAACAAGGAACCCUAUGAAGUAGACAUUGAAUGUACAAAAGAUGGUUCUUCCCCUACCAAACUGAAUCUGAGGAUAAUACUGGAAAACAUAAACGAUAACCCACCAGUAUUUGAUAAAAGCGAAUACGCAAUAAAUGUGGAUGAGCUAUUAAAAGUGGAUACGAGCGUCGCACGAAUCACAGCGAUAGACGCCGAUGAAGGCGAUCAGCUUUAUUAUCGCCUGGAUGCUCCUGAGGGAGAAUUUGACCUAGAAGCUUCUUUGAAUCCUAACAUUCUGGUGAAGAAACGUUUGGAUUAUGAGAAAGUUAAACAAAUCACAAUGACACUUUUUGUGCAGGACACACCGAUUUCCUUGAUAGAAACCGCUUCCCAUACUUCCUCCACCACUAUAAAAGUCAAUAUCGUAGACGUGGAUAAUCGGCCACCAUGGUUCCAACCUUGUACGACCAUUGAGAACGACAACAGCAUAAUGUGCAUAAAUACUGGCUACACAGGGACGGUCAACUCAACCGGACUAGCGACCGGUCCUUUGCCCUUGGAGCCAGGUCCAAUUUUAGCCAUUGAUGGCGAUGCAGGAAUAAAUGAGGCUAUUGGUUACAAAUUUCUUGCAGAUAAUCCCACAUUUGAAAUAAACUCUGACACCGGGAGCAUCACAAUGGUGAAGCCAGUAAACCAAGAAGGUCCGAUCGUUCUUUCAGUAAUGGCAUAUCAAAAGCAGAACACUGAUCAGUACGCCACCAACACGGUCACCUUCACGGUGAGGAGGACCACUAAUCACCCUCCCAAAUUUGUGAAGCCCACUUAUGAAGGCAUCACCUCAGAGGACGCAGGUGUGGACAGUCUGGUGAUGGACAGCAAAACGCCCAACAAACCCCUAAGAGUUCAAGCUACAGAUGAUGACUUUGCUAAUGGAGUGAAUCCUAACAUCGCAUUCGAGGUUAUUGAUGGGUCUGAUUUCUACAUUACUCUUGAUGGUUUCAUCCUCUUGGCAAAGGAGAUUCCUCCUGGAAUUUUAAAUCUACAAAUGAGGGUGGUCGACAAAACCAAUGGCGAAUCGGACACCGCUUCUCUUACGAUUGAGGUCACUCCAGAGAUACCAACUACCACUGCUGUCACAACUAUCACGACCACAGAUCAAACCACAGUUAAAAUCACAACUCAAACCACAGAUAAAAUCACAACCACACAGCUAACAGACAGCACUACAACUUCUGAUCCGGAUGCCCACACAUCUCCGAUCACAGAGGAUCAGCAGUUGCGAAUCAUUGGGUACAAAGCGGAGGAUAUGGCUGCUUUAGGGGGAAGUUUGGCUGUGGUGAUCGUCCUCUGUCUGGUUGCCAUCGGACUGCUGGUGUACCGUGUCAAGAGCCAUGACUCAAACUGGAAAAAAAUUUCUGAAGUCAGCCUUUUCCGAAGCAAGUUGGGUGGAGGUUCAGGAGGCCCAAAAGAAGGAGUGCAGUACGUCAACGAGAGCUUCCAGCACGAUGAUGAUACUGAAAGUGUGAAGUCUGGACUUGCCGCUGACCUGGAGAGGAAACUGGAGUCUGGUGUGAGGUCAGCAGAGGAGCAGAAGAUCAGCACCGCCUCCGCUCCCCAGACGACCUCCAACAUCAGGGCUGCAUCCGACUCCAGCAGUCUGGCCAGUGCUGACGUUGAGAAGGAGGUGAAACCCAUUCUGACCAAAGAGCGACGUGCAGAGGACGGCUACAAAGCCGUCUGGUUCAAACAGGACAUCGAUCCCAACACCAAAGAGGAUGUGGUUAUUAUUCCUGACACCGGUGAACCAGUAGACCAUGAUGAUGAUGAUGAAGAAGAUGAUGAGGAUGAAGAAGAUGAUGAGGAUGAUGAUGAGGGCAACCUAAAAAAAGACAAGAAGACUGCGAGAAGAUACUCUAAAGAUUCAGACUCAGAGAAUGAGGAAAGACUAUGAAUGGGGAUGUGUGUAUCGCGUGCCACUGUAAUAAAAUGAAAAUCUGACUAAUUUUAGUGCAGUAAAGAAAUGUUUCCUUACCGUAUAUGCCUAUUAUAGUUUAUAGUUAACAGUGAACAGUUAUAGUAAAUAUGAUAGAAAAAAUAUGUGUACUUAAUCUUAUUAUAAACAUUUAUUGUGCUUUGUUUAGAAGCAUGUUAUUCUUUAUAAGUCUUUUUAUUCUUCAAGAUAACAACUUCCCAAACAUUACCAACCCAUCUUACAUCAUAACUUCAGUACUAAUUUACCGAAACCUUUAACCUGUCGACAUCUAAUUUGUUGCCUAUGUGACUAGAUAACAACCAUAGCAUGGCAACACAGAGACACUUUCUGUUUAUUUGUGAUGUUGCAGUGAACUUUUCUAAUCACAUAGACAAUAAUCAUAAACUCUUUUAUAAUGAUCUUUAUCCAUUAACCUGAAUAUGGUCAUCUAUUGUGACUUACCUUAACUUACCUUCAAAGUUAACAUGGUGUUAUAUAACAAAAACAACAAAAAGAAACUGAAAUAGAGUGUAAAUAUAUUUAUGUUUUGUUUGAAAUGUGCUUGCUGUUUUAGUUCAUGGCAAUAAUGCAUUUUAAAUGUGUUUUGGAUGCGAAUCUGACAUUUUACAGUAUUCUUGUAUCGGGUUCGAUCUCAGGUAACACAGAUACUGAAAAAUGUAUAAUUUAAUUGUAAUGCACUAUAAGUAACUUUGGAUUAAACGCAUAGAUGAACAUUUUAAAGAAUUAAAAUGAUAAGAAGCCGA